CGCUGGACCUAAAGCCCCACAGACCCCUGCUUCGCCAGCGGACAUCGCACCGGUCCACGACCCAAGAGACCAGGUUACGGUGAGGCCCAACACUACACCGCCGAGGGUCCAAGCGAUGGAGAGGCGUUACCCUACCAGAGAGAGAAACCCUCCAAGAUACCUUAUGGACUUUGAAUCAGAUAGAAGGUACUCUCGUAACUCUGUGACCAGCCCG